AUCACAGUGCGAGAUCCUUAGUUUGGCGCGAAUUGUGUCCUUAGACGGGAAAUCAGAGGGAAGAAGUUCUGUGAUUGUGCUCAUUUCGACGAUUAAUUACGAUCGCAUUUUAUCAGAACCACUCUAUUCGAAAACGAGAACAGCGAGAGAGAUCGGGUUGUGAUGUACUAUGGUCACUUUACCUGAGCUCGAAGGCAUGUUUGUGCCACUCUUAAGAAGUAUUCAGGACAAAAAGGCGCCAAGCUCGGACCAUGUAGAUGCCUACCUUAGACUAACAGAACGCUUACGUGAAGAAAAUGAAGACUUUCUGGAUGAAGUUUGCAGUCAUGUUUAUGAACUGUCUCCUGUAUUCAAGAGGCACUGCACAAGUAAUUCUGUAGAUGUUUCCCAAGCUGCACUUCAGGCAAUGGGUCACUGCCUCUAUCAUGCACGUAUCGCAAGGUCCUUUUCAGAGGAAGAGAGCCUAGAGUUGUUACAAGUUCUUGUGGAUGUUAUCAAGUCCUCUGAUGAUAAAGGUGCCUGCACGAGGGCCUUGUGGUGUAUUGCAAAACAGAACCUCCCUGUUAGUGUUGUUAUUCAAAAGCUUUCUCAGUUGAUGACUUGCUUGGACAGCAUUCAAGAAAAAGAGCACAAAUCUGCCACAGUAGAUUAUGAGGCUGUGUGUUUUGUGGAAAGGAUGCUGUUUCAAGUACCAGCAAAAGCAGUUACAGGACACAUUAACACAUGGAGUAAAUUUUUGUUGGACAUGACAAUUAGCUCAGCUGCUAAGGUUCGGGAACAUGCACUGUCUGUUGUGGUGACUAAUUUGGAGAUUCUACAAUCCCACCAGCAACUGAUCAUACCAUGGCUGUCCCCAGCACUUAAAUCUGAAAUUAUUGGCAAGCUGUCCACGCUGUUUGCAGAGGGGCAUGAGCUGUUUGUGUUGAGGUUAUGGAGGUGUAUUGUAGUAAUUCAUGGAAAGAUGCUACAUAGAGGCGGCCUUCUGAAUGACAUGUUGAAGCUUGUAGAACAGGGCUUCAAAAAUCACUCAGCUGAUGUACAAGUCUGUUCAUAUUCAGCAUGGAGAGCUUUGAUUGAUUGUUUUGCACUAUCACAGGAUGUUCUAUCCUCCCAGAAAAGGAUCAAACUGAUUAUGAUGCCAUUCCUGAACUCUGUUGUUCGAGAAAGAAGUGAGCAAGUUGAAGCUGCAAGACUUGACACAUGGUGGCAUUUUGUUUGUUCUUUUCAUCAAGAAAAAAUUGUUGACCUGUUUGAUCAGAUUUGUGUUCCAUUGCUGCAGUUCAUUUUUGGGACUGCCAUUAGCCAUACUAGUCUGCUCAAGUCUAAAGUCGAGAUGGGUGAACUGCAAUGCCCACCCACUCCUACUGAUGCAAAACUCAUGUCCAUGUCAUCUUUGACCACACCUAAGUCAAAUGCAAGAAGAUCACUGAAGGAUGUUGGCACUCCCAAGACCCCCACAGUCAUCCAUGCAAGUUUUCGGCAGGAUGCCAAGAAGAAACUGCUAUUGAAAGGAUGUUAUAUUCUUGCAGAAUUUCUGCACUCUGAUAACUCUAACACCAUCAAAGAUGCCAGGCAGAGUUUGGCUGAACAUCUUCCAGGCGUGAUUUUUAGAACACCAGAAAUAUUUGAGAAGAGUGGUGUUGUGAUCAUCAAUGCAACAAGAGAAGCAUUCAAGUCUUGUGGCUAUGAACUAGAUGGGAUUGCUUGUCAUAUGUGGAAGAGUCUGGUCCUCUGCACAGAGAAUCUUAUCAAAAAAGGGGUAGAUCAUGCUGCAUUAUUCCACCCUCUUCUGGCCACUUUUGAAGAAUUGGUUGAAGGGAACUUUUUACCUUCUAAUACUUGCCUGGCAAUGCUUGACAUUCUGUCAAAAGUGUCACCAAGAAUCCUUAGUCAUGGUUGCAACAGUCUUCAAUCCCGAACAAAUCUACAUGGAUCAGCAGCCAUUCUUCUAAUUCAGCUGUUAUUUUCUGAUGGAGUCCUCAAAGAUGCUCUCUGUAACGAAAAGCUCCAUCUUGUGUUUGAGAAGUUCGCUAAGUGUGGUCUUGAUGGGGCAACCAAUCAGCUGGGACACACUCAGUCCGUCAUGAUGUUAUUGGACACCGUGGCUGUUCAUGUGACCAAGAAAGAGACACUAUGGAGACUAUGGGUCUCUGUUGCUUCGCCAGUCAAUGAAUUGAUCAGUAAGACGAAUGAUGUAAACCAAGGUAAUGCUUUGGAGCACAACUUCACUGCUGUAGAGAUGACAAUUGUUUAUCCAUUCAAGCAUCUGAUUGACAGCUUUUUGAACCAGGGUCUGACUAAGCUCACUGUGAAGACUGUUUCGGACAUCUACCGGAACCUGUCAUGCUCAGCGGCAUUAGUGGCUUCAGCAGAUGCUAAUACAAGUGCAGAAGAGGUCUGCAGCCGUCUCUUAGGCUGCUUGGAAGAGAAAAAAAACAAGGAUGUUGCCUUCAUUGAUUCAGCUGUCAAUAUUUUGACCACGAUAUUAGAAUGCUUGGAUUUUUCAAGUCCAUCCUUGUUUGACUUGGCAACCACUGCCUCUGGAAAAUCGCCCAACCGAACACCCACAAAGUUUGUGAACAAGCCUGAGAGGCCCCUAGGAAACUUGACUAGCUUAGUUCAAGUUCUCAACAAGCUGCUUCUUGCCAGUGCCUCCCUGAUUAACAGCAAGGAGGCAAGCAAGCAUUUUGGGAUCUUUUGCUCUUUGAUGACAAACCUAACAGAAGAUGUUAGCUUGUUAUUUGGUCAUGUCACAGGACGAAACGCAAUAUCUGAAUGUCUGAGCGUCCUUUCACCCUCACUUGCUCUUAUCAUGGAAGGGGCUCACCAGAGCUCUUCAAAGAAGAGAUCUGAAAACGAAAAGAAGUUAUACAAUCUCAAGUUUAUACAAAAGCAAGAGAAACUUUGGACAAACAUCUUGACCUGCAUUCAGAGCCGUUUUGAUGGCCCAUUUAACUCGGAGCUGCUUGCCAUCUUUUCACCUUUACUGGAGAUCGCAUUUUGCCAUCUACGGCGUCAAAUAAAGAACCAGGCAGUAAUGUUUUGGAAUGCAACGUUUUCCCUUGCUGAUUCUCUAGAAUACCCCAGUACGCUCAGGCCAGUCUUAAACACAAUCAAGGAAAAGAUGUCUUUGAAACUACCAGGUUGGGAUGUGGAAAAGACUCUUGUGAACCAUGAGGCCGAGGAUAUCUCACAGCCACCGCCGGAAUUCGUCAAGCCCCAUGCUAUCCCAGGGUCCCCUGUACGACGUAAGCCCCUGACAUUCUCUGUGGGCUCCCCGAAAAUGAAAGGUAGCUUUCUCCACAAGGCAGUCGAGGCGGAAAAAGCCCUAGAUCAUGUUUCGCCCAAAAAGGCAUUAUCAGAGCCACGGCAUGGCGAGAAAGGCAGAGGGGGGUUGGGUAACACACACGCCCGGCGCAAGCUGCCACUGUCCAUAUUCGACGAUGACAGUCAGGAUUACGUUGCCAUCGCACCAUCACCAAACAAGAAGCGCUUCUUGACUGAGCAUCAAAAGGAAGUUCUGCACUCCCGAAGUGAUGUUCCCGCUCUGUACAACGCCUUAGAUCAAUCCCAAGACGGGAGCGUGUUCUUUGCAACACAGGAAUCUUCGGUGACAUCUUAUUCUCAAUCCGAAGUCCCAGAAGCGUUUGAAGAAGAGACAGAAUUUGAGGGUGUAGAGAACAAAAAUGGAAACACAAAAGAAGACAUGCCAAAAAUAUCCAUACCAGAUGUCUUGCAAGAGGAUUGCUCUCUUGGCCAACAGAUGGAUGUCAAUCACAACUCUAAAGUGAACACAGAACAGAGUGAUGGUUCUUCAGUUGAUAAUAUAACAGAAAAACAGAGUGUAAAUCAGCAAAGGGAGAAUAUAGAUGUUACAGGCUCACCUGAAAGAUCACCGGAUGUUAUUCCCUCUUCUCAAGUUUCCACAAACACCUCCCUCCAGAGUUCAUUUCUAAGAAAGCAGUCCCUAAGCACUGCCGUAAAUGCUUUGAACAAGCUGGAAAACGAAAACUCUCGUGAAAGAAACAUCCCUCAAAAACCAGUAACUAUAAGAACCACAACUGAAUCACAGAGUAAGAAGAAUGAAAAGCCCACUGAUUGCAGCGGUCAGCGAGCGACUGAUGAUGUGGCGGGUGGGCAGGAGGUCGGCCAGGUUGACAAGUCAGCGGACGGUCAGCCUGACAGAUUGUUGGGUGGACCGACAGAUGGACAAGCAGACGGACAAGAAGACGAGCUCCCAAACGGACCUGCAGAGGGGCAGGCAGACGAGGGAAAGGCCAAAGAUGUGCAAACUGGAGUGUCCCCCAUUGCUGGUCGCACAAGGAGAGGAAAAAAGCUAAAAUCAACCACUCCAAAACGAGAAACGAGCUCAAAAAAGGGACGUGACAAAAAAAACGAGUCUGCUCCAAGCAAGACGAUAUUUGACAUGUUAUCCAACGCUCUUUCCAAUAGUGAAAACAUUCCGAGCAAGAACUCACAUGAGACCGGGCCAGCUCCUUCUAGUGAGAAGCUUGAGCCUGCUCAAACUACCACGGAUGCUGUCUCCUCGCCAAUCUCAAGCGCGAAAAUCAAGUUCAUAAAGCCCUACACAGGCAGCCCAAAACGACCGCUGGUUCGUACAUUGAACUCCCCUGUGGCCUCGCCUUCAGGUAUCCUGAAACGUGUGUCUGCGCUUGAGAAGACGGCUGAUUCCCCAUCACCGCCCAAGACACGACGUGUAUCAUUCGCGGUUCCACUUAAUCAAGACGAGCAACAGCCUCCUGAAGACAAAUCAGGAGAGAACGAAUCCGAGACGGCUGCUUGUCCUGAGGUAGCAAAGACAACGCCGACUCGAUCAGGCAGUCAGAACUUUACUCUUUUAAAGCGACGCCGAAGUGCUCCUGCUCCUAUCACUCGCCCGGAGCCGUCGAUCGAUGACACCUCCGGCAGCAUCUACCCAGACCUGGUGUCUUGCAAACUUCCCGUGGAACAGAUCCUGCCAUCUCUUUGUUCCUCUAACUGGUCACGUGGCCUCGGUCACGUGGUGCACGCCCAGAACAUUCGCACCAUUGGUAACCUCUCCGCCCUCAAGGAACAUCAGAUCAAGAAUUUACCCAUCAGGUCCCCGAAGGUGGAGACCUUGAGAAGCGCCUUGAGCACCUUCCAUAAGAGGACCAAGGGCCCACGAACACGCCUCGCCUUGAAUGAUGCUAUAGAGAUAACAGUUCAGCUGAAAGCUGUAAAGGAAGGUGAAGAAUCGCAACCUACCCAGGAAGAGCAACCGCCCAUUACCGAAAAGGCGGCAGUAGAUAGCACGACUCUAUCACAAGACACCACUCAUGGCAACGAGAGGCAUGAGAUCAAUCUUGAUGGUACUAGAAAUAUGUGUAAAGAUGAGGCUACUGGCGAGGAACGGAGGGAAGAUGUGAAUCCUGCAAGAGCAGCUGCACUGAAUACCAAGCUUGAUAAUGCUACCGUUGUGGCCGACUCGGAGUCUUUCUUGGAAGAAAAAUCCUACACUCCACCGUUACAUGUAGAAUCCCAGACGAAUCAGCCAGACGACGCCUUAAGGGGGACCACACCUAAGCGAUGUGCGUCUAGCAAGCCUGUGACGCUAUUUACGCCUGAGAUAGAAGAGAACGGGAACGCUGUACUUAACAGGUCAGAGAAGACAAACGGUCUGCCUAACUGGUCAGAGAAGACGGACGCCCCACCUAACGGGCCAGAGAAGACGAGCACUCUGCCUAACGGGCCAAAAAAGAACGACUCUCUAUCUAACGGACCAGAGAAGUCGGACGUUCUACUAAACGCUGUUCCUGACGGCUUAGAGAAUGACAACGCUCUACUUGACGGGUUAGAAAAGAUCACCCAGCCUAUGUCAAAGGACGUGUCCUCUAUGGACUGCGUAGAUAGCAAGCCUUUAGGGAAUGAGAUAAAGGCGAACUCUUUUAAUGCGGAUGUUGGGAACUCCUUAGAAGAUACAAUCACAAACGACGGCAUUAAAGCUACGAACAACGAGACAGAAAUGCUCUCAAAGGCUUCACUUAAAUCCGAAAAAGGAGUAGAGGCGGAACCUCAAUGCGAAGGCAAAAUAUUCUGCACGAAUUUGAAUUCCGCUCUUGGGCUUGCUUCUCCGGAAGUCCUUGCACGGCUAUCAAGUGAGGAGAUUUUCACUGCUCAUCAGAACUUAUCUGAGUUAAUGUCACGUGUCAUAGACGCGCUCAAAGCAAGAUGGCAGUCGCCUGUCGCGAAGAAAUAAACUUGACUGUUUCCAUGGUAACACUUUGCUGUUUCCAUGGCAAUAAGAUGGAUAGGCUCGAGAGCUUCCAUGGUAACAAAUCUUUUUGUUUUGACAUUUACCUGUGUCAAAUAAAUAGAUUUGAACGUUUCUAUGGCAAUAAGUUGGAAGCCCCCCUUCGAAGACGUUCUUACUAAUUCGAACUGCUUUUAUUGUAAUAAAAAUAGAGUAUGUCAAUUUAGAGUUAAUAACACAACUAAUGAUAACUUUAUAUACAUUUAUUUUGUAGAUAUUUGCAAUCAUUGUAUUUCGCGUUAUUAUUCUUUGCAGAAUAAACAAAUCGAAAAUGGAAA